UUUAUGCAACGUGCAGCACUCUUGUGGUGAUUUAUUUUUCUUCAAGACGACACACUUCAAAUGUUUCUAAUUUCUACUGGAAAAAGUAGAGCGACUAAACCCCAAAAUACGUCACUGCAGACUGUUUAAAAAAAACAAAAUUGGACCCUCAGGGGAAGCCAAACAAGGGAGCCAGUAUGCUCUCUGAUUUAACGGUUUUCAGUCUGCAAGGUGAAAGGAAGAAAAAAAAAAAGGAGGGGCGGAAAAUUUUCUGAUCACAUGACCGCAAAGUCACUCUGCAAGUAUGCUGGCGGGAUUUUGCCCGCAGAAGUCGAACCGAUUUCGCCUCGCGAAAAGACGCGUCGUCGCUUCUGACGGACUUGAACGGGAGUCGUCGAGAUAAGAACGGGAGACAAGUGAGCGACGACGACGAGUAGGGUGGGAAAAAAAUGGCCAGUGAAACCACCACACAAGCUCCGCCAUACGGCUCCACUGCGACCCCCAACACCUCCAGGGCGUCGCCGACCAAUGUACUGCCCAACACCUCCACGGCGUCGCCGACCAAUGUACUUGAUCGCAUCGCUGCCGCCGACCUGAUUUCCACAGCCAACCACGUCUACGCCUUUUUAGCCGCCGCCGCCUUAAUGGCUAGCUGCUUUCUGAUCUACCACUUUGUGCGCACUUAUGGGGCGCAACGCCGCGCGGCCUGGCCGGACCGACUUCUCUGGGCCUUCUCCUGCAUCCAGCUCCUGCUGGUACUCUUCUCCUUCUACAACGUGGCGCACCGUCCUCACAGUUUGCGUACGACGCCAUUGAGCUGCGCCACGUUGGCUUUCGUCAUCAACUUGACGUCACUCUGCGGCUUGCUAAUUUUAGCGCUAAUCGCUUAUCUUCUGGCGCUAGACCCGCCGUUGGACUUCCUCUUGAGGAGGCCCGGUGUUUCCGCGGCGCUAUUGGUCCCGACGGCGACUUUGAUUUCUCUCAUUUUAGCCGGUAUUCGAGGACCGCGUGACAGUCUUCAACGGGAAACUGACUGUUUUAUGGAUCCGGUUCAAGCUGGAGUUUCGUACGCCGUCGCUAAGCUGUGCUUGGCUUUUCUGGCGCCUUACAUUCUACAAAUAGCGAUUGUGCUAAGUGGCUGCGCGAAAGAACGAAACUCAAAGGGAAGGUUUCUCUUGGGUAAAAAGGAAAGUUCGAUGUACCUAUCGGUGAACGCCGUGCUCUUCUUCUGCCAUCUUUUUUACAACGUGGCGCUGGUGAGAGCGGCGCGACAGCAAACGCGAGGCGAGCUGAGCCACCGGGAACGAGCGUUUAUUAGCAUUGCCGAGCUUGUUUUCUUCGCAGGGAGCGGCGUCAGCCUGCUGCUCGUGCUCAUCACGAGCAAACCAAGUCGGGAGAAGCUAAGCGGACUAUUCGGUUUGAUUGUGAACUGCUGCCCGAGAGUGCACAAACACGCUCAGCCCAACAGGAACAUCAUCACGCCGCACAUCGAGAUUACGGACACGUUGCAAGAUAUCGAAUCAUGAACAUACAAAAAGUUAUGUUGGACCUGCUUCAGAUAUUUUGCUUUGAACUGAGAGCAAAAAUGUCAGAUAUGAGCGAUACGAUUUGUGAUACAUGGUCAGGAAAUCAUUCUACGAUAUAAAUAAUAAACAGAAAAAGCUAUUUACAUCCUUUUGCUGUGAGUUUAUCACUGGUAGACGUCCAAUCCAUUUGAAGUGGGAGGGAUGGCAGCGAAUGAACGAAUGUUCAUUCGCUGCCAUCCCUCCCACUUCAAACUGCUUGGACGUCUAUGGCCAUCAAUGGCAGCCAAUGCCAGGCAAUGAGUUCAUUUUGGGGUAUUUAAUGUCAUUUCCAGUUGAUUUUCAGUCACUUCCUCUUGGAGAAUUUACAGGUCACUUCCUUUUAGUUUUGGGGGCAUUUAAAGGUCACUUCCUGUUGAUUUUGGGUUACUGAAAAAGAAGGGACUCAUGAAUGUCCCCAAAAUCAACAGUACGUAACCUGUAAAUGCCCUGGUGUCAGUGCCAUUGACGGCAUUAGUCGUUCAAUCCAGUCAAAAUGCAUUGGAUCAUAGACUCCAACAUCAGUUGAUAAAACAGCUCCCACAGACAAUGUGCCAUGCCUUGCCAUAGGGGGCCGACCCAGGCCAAAUGUUGACUUGGCUUUCACGGUGAUAAACUCAAACACACGCUGCGCUCUAACGCCGGAUUUAGGCUGAAAUAGGACGAAGGUUUUACUGUGUACAAGCAGGAAGGAAUGUCUCAAGAUUGAUUUGGUCGAGGAUUCAAGGUAAUUAGUAUACUAAAUAGCACCAUGCAUGCACUUUGAAACAUUGUGAAAAAAAUUAAUCAAUGGAUAAAAUCAGUAACUUUGGCUUGAAAUAUUAACGUAAAAUGAAUGAUAACUGCCCGUUUUUUUGCUUUUAACCAAGAAUCUAGAAUGUUUUACCUUCAUAUCUGUAGUUAUUCUGCAAUUUAAGCAUUUCUUUACAAGAAUUUUCAACUCAAAAAGAUCUUUUUUUGUGACAGCCGCCUUAUUGGAUUACACAAUACCGUAACUUUUGCUUGAAAUAUUUACCUAAAAUGAACGACAACUGCCCGUUUUUUACUUUUAACCAAGAUUCUAGAAUGUUUUACCUUCAUAUCUGUAGAUAUUCUGCGAUUUAAGCAUUUAUUUAAAAGAAUUUUCAACUUAAAAAGCUCUUUUUUGUGACGGCCGCCAUGUUGGAUUACACAAUACUGUAACUUUUGCUUGAAAUAUUUACGUAAAAUGAAUGAUAACUGCCCGUUUUUUUGCUUUUAACCAAGAAUCUAGAAUGUUUUACCUUCAUAUCUGUAGUUAUUCUGCGAUUUAAGCAUUUAUUUACAAGAAUUUUCAACUCAAAAAGAUCUUUUUUUGUGACAGCCGCCUUAUUGGAUUACACAAUACCGUAACUUUUGCUUGAAAUAUUUACCUAAAAUGAACGACAACUGCCCGUUAUUUACUUUUAACCAAGAUUCUAGAAUGUUUUACCUUCAUAUCUGUAGAUAUUCUGCGAUUUAAGCAUUUCUUUAAAAUAAUUUUCAACUUAAAAAGCUCUUUUUUGUGACGGCCGCCAUGUUGGAUUACCCAAUACCGUAACUUUUGCUCGAAAUAGUUACGUAAAAUGAAUGAUAACUGCCCGUUUUUUUGCUUUUAACCAAGAAUCUAGACUGUUUUUUUUUCAUAUCUAUAAAAAUUUUGCGAUUUAAGCAUUUAUUUACAAGAAUUUUCAACUUAAAAAGGUCUUCGUUUCGUGACAGCCGCCAUGUUGGAUUUUGUAUCACUACACAAUAUGGGAAUUCAACCCAAAUAAGUUGUUUUUAUAUAUAAAAUAAAUGCAAAUUUUGCUUUUGUUGUGUAAAAUUAAGAUGAUUCUGCAUGCAUUAAAGUUUCUGAUGUGAAAAUGUAGUGAUUUAAUAGCUGUUGAAAACUUGCACUAAAUUAAUAAAAAA